AUGCACUUCUUCAUUCUCGCUUGCAUGUUUGUGCGCAUGGCCCAAGCUGCCAUGGUCACCAGUCACCCGGGUCCGUUCUCAGUCUCGAUGAGAGUCAAAGCCUUGACAGACCAGGCGCGAACAGACCCUUUCAACAACAAGUCCGAACGGCAGGUGCUGUUGUCAAUCUUUUCGCCAUUGCAAAGCUCCACGGAUUGCUCCCGGGACGUUAUUCCGUAUAUGCCGCCGGCCACGGCGGCCUCCUACGCACCUCUCUCCCAGUCGGCAGGAUUGCCUGCGACCAUAUUUGGGUCGUUUCAGUUGGAUUUCUGCAAGCCAACACAAGGAUGUCGAGGGAUAACCGAGAAGAAACCGCGAUUCCCCUUGAUCCUCUUCUCUCCUGGACUUGGGGAGUCCAGGCUCCUCUACAGCGCCACUGCCAAAUCAAUCGCAGCCCAGGGCUACAUUGUAGCAACAAUCGAUCACCCUUACGAUGCCGAGGUGGUGGAGUUCCCUUAUGGCGCUAUGGUUCGGAGGAACUGGACUCAAGGUAUGGAACAGCAGUUAACUGAGAUCCGCGCAGCCGACAUAUCCUUCACCCUCUCCCAGCUUAGCCACCUCCCCACCUACCACCACUCAUCCCAACCCCUUUCCACGGCUCAUAUAGACCCCACCCGCGUCAUCGCCAUGGGCCACUCAGUAGGCGGCGCAGCCGCCGCGCAGGUUCUACAGCAAGACCGGCGCAUACGGGGCGCUAUCAACCUCGACGGCCGGUUGUUCAGCCCCGUCCUCGAGCCGUCCUCUUCGCGGCGGCGGGCGGGGAAGCACAUCGUCAACGGCCGGCCGCUCUUGCUCCUCGGUCGGGACAAGCACGCCAACGAGGACCCGACAUGGAACCAGUUCUGGCGGAGCAUGCUGCAGCACGGCAAGCCACGGCAGCUGGCGGCGAUGCUGGGAGUGGCCGGGACCACGCAUGCUUCGUUUACGGACCUGCCGGUGUUGAUCGGGGCGCUGGGAUUGUCGGAGGAAGACCAGUCUCGUGUGGAAGGGAUGCUGGGUGUGGUUGGUGGCGCGAGGAUGCAGCGGAUUCUGGCGGAGCUGUCGUCUUCGUUUUUUACGGGGGCUUUUGGAGGGGGGUAUCAGCGGUUGGUAGAGGCUGUGGAGGAGUUGGAGGAGGUGUCGAUGAGAAAUAGCACGUUUAUGGGUUUGUAA